UUCGCCGAGUGAGGUGAUGGAGCUGCGUAGCGGCCAAGGUGGCAACGACGCAGGGGAAGAUGUUCAGUUCAUUCAACCUUCUCACUCCUCUGUGUAUGAAACUAAAUAUCAAAAAUCUCUGAGGCACUACCUCACUAGAGAAGCCCUUCCUAAAGAGUCUAAUUACAGAAAUUUAGAAUCAAUCGUCGAUGGUUCUGAACGACAGCGUCCAACGUUGGAUGAACUGCACGAUUCCACGUACCACGGACAUUAUAUGCGAUGUCUGCUCAACAUCUGGGGCGUGAUGUUGUUCCUGAGAGUCUCCUGGAUGGUCGGGCAGGCUGGACUUGGCCAGGCGCUGGCCAUUGUGUGUGCGGCCAACACCGUGACCGUCAUCACGGCCAUCUCCAUGUCCGCCGUGGCCACCAACGGUCUCAUCCAGGGCGGGGGCGUGUACUACAUGAUCUCCCGGUCGCUGGGUCCUGAGUUUGGUGGCUCCAUCGGCCUCAUGUUCACCGUCGCCAACUCCAUCGCCGUCGCCACCUACAUCAUCGGCUUCGUCAACAGCCUGCAGGACAUGUUGUACUACGACUUCGACGAGACGGUGAUCAUCGACCGCGACCUCAACGACGUGCGCGCCGUGGGCACGGGCGUCCUGUUCGCCCUCAUGGCCCUCGCCAUCGUCGGCAUGGACUGGGUGACCAGGGUGCAGAUGGGUCUCCUCUUCCUGCUGAUCGCGUCUCAGAUCGACUUCAUCAUCGGGGCCUUCAUCGGUCCCUUCGACGACACGUCCCGGGCACAGGGCUUCCUGGGGUUCAGCGUGGUGCCCCUUGUGGUGCGUGGUGCCCUUUGUGGUGCGUGGCGCCCUUUGUGGUGCGUGGUGUCCUUUGUGGACCCCGGCUCGGCCAUCCCUAAGGGCACGCUGCUGGCCAUCGGCAUCACCUUCUGCACGUACCUCCUGUACCCCGUGUUCCUGGCCGCCUCUGAGUUCCUGGACUUCGUCACCAACGACACGGGUUACCUGGCGGGGAACAAGAGCGUCCUGGACGCCCCCAGCUUCACGGGGGCGUCCUGCUCCAUCCUGGGGGACGGCGUCCCGCAUCCCGACAACCUCACUCAGUGCAAAUAUGGCCUCAUGAACAACUUCCAGGUAAUGGAGCUUGUCUCCGCCUGGGGCCCCUUGAUCUAUGCCGGCUGCUUCGCUGCGACGCUCUCGUCGGCCAUCGCGUCCCUGGUGGGGGCGCCGCGGGUGCUGCAGGCCCUCGCCAAGGACCGCCUCUACCCCGGCAUCUUCAUGUUCAGCAAAGGCUUUGGGGCGAAUAACGACCCCGUCAACGGCUACUGCUUGGUCUUCAUGUUGUCCCUGGGCUGCAUCAUGAUCGGGGAUUUGAACGCCGUGUCGACCCUGCUGAGUAACUUCUUCCUGGCGUCCUACAGUCUCAUCAACUUCUCUUGCUUCCACGCCUCCAUCAUCAAGAGUCCGGGCUGGAGACCGGCCUUCAAGUACUACAACCACUACGUGAGUCUGGCAGGAGGCCUCAUGUGCCUGGUGGUGAUGUUCCUCAUCGACUACGUGACGGCUCUCAUCACCUUCCUCGUCACCAUCGGGCUCUACAUGUUCGUCUCCUACAGGAAGCCUGGAACCCUAGUGCCUGCAUGUCCUGUCCCUAUCUUCGUGUCGUCUCCUACAGGAACCCUAGUGCCUGCAUGUCCUGUCCCUAUCUUCGUGUCGUCUCCUACAGGAACCCUAGUGCCUGCAUGUCCUGUCCCUAUCUUCGUGUCGUCNCGCGUGACCGUGGACUGGAGGCAGCGGUCUGCGCUGGUGGCCCGCCACAACAAUUGGCUCAAGCGCCACAAGAUCCGGUCCUUCUACAGCCUCGUCCAGUCCCCGGACCUGGAGACCGGCGCCCUCAGCUUCUUCCAGUUGGUGGGUCUAAGUAAACUGAAGCCCAACAUGGUGCUGCUGGGCUACAAGAGCAACUGGAACAACUGCAGCAACGACGAACUUGUAGCAUACUUCAACACGCUGCA